AUGCUUCCAAUAGAAAAAGAAAAUUCUAGAGUUGCUACAACUAAACCAUUAGAUGAACUUUUUACUAAUGUCGGUCAAAAGUUUGAGACAGAUACCGUAAAGCAUGAAGGCUAUCGUUUUGACUACCCAUUAAGAUGGUUAAGAGACCCAUCUGUCACAAAAGCUAUUGGCUUUCGAAGAAUAAAGUUUGUGUCUGUAGAAGAUAAAAGUUUUCCAUUUAUUGUAAGGUUUCAUAUAGAUUAUACAUCUGAAGGGCAACGAAAAAUGUGGGAAGAAAUUGAGCUAAUACAAGUUGACCUCUCAUCUUCUCUACAGGCUGCAUUAAAAAAUAUAGAAGAUAAAAUAAAUUCAUGUUAUGCAAAAUAUGCUGAUGAAUAUGCGAAUACCGAUAGCACACUUUAUGUGAGAAUUGUAUAUGACAAACAAAAUUCACAAGUGUCAUUUCAAAUCUACGAAGACAAUCCAAAUAAAGACGAACAAAUAUAUACAGAAUUCACUGCAAUGUCAUGGUAUUAUUUGCAAAG